AUGCUCGCCGACCAGACGACAACGCUCUCGCCGACCGGCUCCGAGACUCUGGACGUGGGCGGCAGGCAGGUCGUCGUCACCGACGGGCACGCGGUGCUGCCCGAAGGCAUGACGCACCUGCCGGAUCGGGCGUUCCGCAACCGCACCUCUCUCGUCUCGGUCGCCUUCUCGCGCAGCCUUGCCUCCAUCGGCGACUGCGCCUUCGAGGGCUGCUCCGCCCUCACCUCCAUCACCCUCCCCGCCGGCCUCACCUCCAUCGGCAAAGGCGCCUUCCACAGCUGCUCCUCCCUCGCCCGCAUCACCGUGCCAACCACCGCCACCGUCGACGACGAGGCUUUCGAACCUGAGACCACCGUCCUCCGCCUCCCGCCCGCAAACAUGCGCCACAUUGAGCGCUGGUACGAGGCGGCGGACUUUGUUCUCGCCUACAAGCGCUGCCGCCCCCUCCUCUACGGCUGGCUAGAGCGGGCCCAGAACAAGCUCGGCUCUUACGGCCCGGACGGCGCGGCGCGCCAGCGCGACCGCGAGGCGUUCGAGGGCGACUUCGGGCCUGCGGCGAGCUCGUCAGGCGCAUGA